GCGGUGGCUCUGGUUCUGUGUGUGUAUCUUCUCUCAGUAGCCAGUCAAGGAGUGGUAGGAGACAAGGUGUACACUGUGGUGGCAAACCAGUCGGCCAGUAGCUGUCUCAGUGACAACAAGACAGAGUGCAGUCUCAUGUACUAUGCUGCUCACCCAGACCAGUAUUUCAGAGAAGACAACACCACCUUCCACUUCCUGCCUGGACAACAUGAACUGGUGGACUCAACUCUUGUUCUGAUGGCCAACAUAUCAAACCUCGCUCUCUAUGGAACUGAUGUACAUGAAGUUACAGUUGUGUGCAGUGGAGAAGAUUCAGGAGGAUUCUCAUUUUACAACGUUACCAACCUCACUCUGAAAAAUCUAGGCUUGUGGAAUUGUUCCAAACGACAUCGUUGGUUGUAUGACUCAGUAGCAGUAUAUAUUCAGCAAACAGUCGAUGUUAAAAUGAACCGCAUCAAUAUUCAGAACACACCUGGUCUCGGUCUCUCAUUGAAAAAUCUUUAUGGUAAUAUUUCCAUCAACAACAUUACAGUUGACUACAGCCAUAACACAAAAAUGUCCAAAGGCAUCAAUUUUGUAUACUACUGUUCAUAUCCCUAUGAGAAUUCACUUUUGGUAAACAACGUGAAGAUUUCAGACUCUUUCUUCAGGCAUGGGAUUAAUAAUUUUGACAGCGUGGCACCAAGUAGUGGAAUCACAGUUGGAUUAUUGUGUUCUGCAAAUGUUAGCAUAGUUUUUGACAAUGUAGUUGUUUCGGGAAAUCAAGGUAAAAAUGGAGGCAAUGUUUUUAUAGAGUUCACAGGUUGGUCUACCCUUUGGAGUAUCUCAGUCUCCUUUCUUAAUAGUAAGAUACUCAAUGGUACUGCUAAUUCUGGAGGUGGUAUCUGUGUAUUUGCAAUAGCUGGUGGUGUAAACUCCGGCCAUAGCACUUUAAGAAGCUCAACUACUAUUUUGAAUGUUGAGAAUACACAUUUUGAGGGCAACACAGCAUACCACAAUGGAGGAGCAGUAUAUUUGAGACUAACACAAAAUUCCCAAAGAGAUAUCGGAAGAAUUGUGUUCAAAAACAACUGCACGUUCAAGCGAAACCAGCUUGUGUACCAUUCUCAUUUACAUGGGGGGAUAGCUGUGUGCAUUUUAACAUUUCUUCUGCCUAGUUACGACAAUCACGGUACAAUAUUCUUUGAGAUAGAAUUCAGCAACUGCAAAUUCCUGGAGAAUUCUGUGGCACAGCACAGUGCAGCUGUACCACGAACUGGAGCUCUCUAUGCUGAGUGUGCUUCAAGCAUCACCUUGAGAAACUGCACGUUUAUUAACAAUACCUGCUCUGGUAUUGUCGGGAUUUAUAGUAAUUUCCUUUUACAUGGAGAGAACAAGGUCAGCGGAAACAGUGCAUAUAAAGGUGGUGGAUUGUUUUUCUGUUCCUUUUCGAUGAUGCACCUUCACAAUGGUACAGUCUUGAAUAUUGUUAACAACCAUGCUACACUGAGUGGAGGUGGGAUAUACGUCGACGGAGAGUGUUCUCCAGCUGUGGAGUUUUGCCUCUUUCAGGUGGACAAUGUAACGGCUGACAACGCUACCCUCCAGCAAACACAAGUCCGUCUCAUCAACAACACUGCUGUUUCUGGGAGCGCCCUUUAUGGGGGCCUGAUAGACUGGUGUAUUCUGUAUGUUAAACGUGGUCAGAAAUUCAGCACUUCAUACCCAGCCAAAAUCUUUAACAACACCUUCCACAUCACAACAGCCAAGCAUGACCUAUCUGCAAUAUCAUCUAACCCAAUAUAUGUAAGGUUC